AUGCAUAAUUCCAAGCCAACAUGUUUAAUUUGCAAGGAGAAAGUAUCGGUGGUGAAAGAGUACAAUGUAAGAAGACAUUAUGAAACAAAGCAUUCCGAAUACGCGAAAUUUAGUAAGGAAUUGAAAACAAGGAAACUGGAUUCGCUUAAAUCUGAAUUGAGAAAUCAGCAAAGACUAUUAAAUUCAUCGAUACACUCUUCUUCUGAUACUGUUAAAGCAAGCUACUCUGUUGCAAUGAUAAUUUCAAAGAGAAUGAAAUCAUUUUCGGAUGGAGAAUUCGUAAAAGAGUGUUUGGAUGCUGUCGUGAAAGACAUUUUGCCAGAUAAAACUAAAAAGUUUUCAAACAUUAGCUUGUCACGUCAAACCAUAUGUCGCAGGGUUAAUGACAUUUCAAAUGAAAUUGUGGUGACUUUGCGUGAUCAAAUAAAAUAUUUCAAAAGUUAUUCUUUGGCCUUUGACGAAUGCACGGAUAUAUCAGACACGUCUCAACUUGUAGUAUAUAUUCGUGGAGUUACCGAAUCUUUUCAAGUGAAACAAGAAAUGCUUAACCUUGUCAGUUUGAAAGAUACUACAAAGGGCGAAGAUAUUUUCCAAGCUGUUAUGAAAUGUUUAUCCGACAAUGGAGCGAAUUUAGAGACCCUUGCUGGAUUGACAACAGAUGGGGCGCCGGCUAUGAUUGGAAGAAAUAAAGGAGUUACGGAAAUAAUUGACCUACAGUGCAACAGUGAACUAAGACUUGUUUAUCCUACUAUAUCCAAAAUUGACUUUUAUAACAAAUAUGUGACUGCAGAAAAAUAUCCCAACUUAAGAAUUUUUGCACAAAGAGUUGUAAGCUCCUUUGGAUCUACUUACGUAUGUGAAUCAUUCUUUUCGAAAUUAAAGUUUAGUAAAAAUGUCAACAACCUUGCUGCUAUUUAUAACCCUGCUGACACUUCUGACCCGAGAGGGUGUGCGGCAUUUGCCUUGGGUGUGCAGCAUAAAAGAGCUCUGAUCCAAUAA